CAGGAGGAAGUUUUCAUCUGUUUAUCCCACGUUUUCAUCCGAAGUCUUUUUUUACUAAGUGACAGCAGAGACUGUGAACGCAGCACUGAUGGAGCUGAAGGAUUUUGACUGUCUCACUAAAGACGUCCUGGCUCGGCAGCAGUGCCUCCUGGACUCCUCUCCCUCCUCUUCUCCUGCUGCAGAGGCUCAGUCUCCGGCCUCCUUCCUCCACUCCUCCCUCCUCACGUCCUCAUUCCCUGUGAACACCUCUCAUACCCUCAGCCCGUCACACAGGACCUUCCACCCCCCCAGCCCGGCCUCCUCUUCCUCCUGCAGCCUCCUCCUCUGCAGAGAGCCACAGCCCGACUCCCCGACAGGAUCUAGUUCCAGCUGUGGAGGCGAUGCUGUGCACUCACACGCUGACUCCUUUUCAGCACAGGUCAACUCCAUCCUGAGGGGCAACUAUCUGAUGCCACCAGGGGGCGCCGCAGGGCCCAAGCGGCUCUGCCUGGUGUGUGGAGACUACGCCUCUGGUUAUCACUACGGUGUGGCGUCCUGCGAGGCGUGUAAAGCCUUCUUCAAGAGGACAGUACAAGGCAACAUCGAGUACAGCUGUCCUGUGAUGAACCAGUGUGAGAUCACCAAGCGCAGGAGGAAAGCCUGUCAGGCAUGUCGCUUCCAGAAGUGUCUCCAGGCUGGCAUGAUGAGGGAGGGUGUCCGUAUGGACCGCGUGCGAGGAGGACGUCAGAAGUACAAGCGGCGUGUGGAGACAGGGCUCAGGUGCUUGAGUCACUCAGUGAGCUGCAGAAACAAGGUCAUCUCCCAUUUGCUGCUGACAGAGCCCGCCCCCCUCACCGCUAAUCAGGAUGACUCCACCAACGACAGCAGCCUGAGCACGCUGCUGACCCUGGGUGACCUCCUGAACCGGGAGCUGCUGCUUCUGAUUGGCUGGACCAAACAGAUCCCAGGCUUCUCCGUGCUCUCACUGGUCGAUCAGAUGUCGCUGCUGCAGAGCGGCUGGAUGGAGGCGCUGCUGGUGGGUGUGGCCUGGCGAUCUCAGGGUGUGGAGGGGGAGGAGCUCGCGUUCGCCGGUAACCUACGCCUGGAUGCGGGACGGUGUCGAGCAGCAGGACUGAGCGAUCUGUAUGAGGUGCUGCGUCACCUGACAAUGAAAUACCAGGCGAUGGAGCUGAGUCCUGAGGAGGCGGUGAUGAUGAAGGCCAUGGCGCUGGCCAACGCUGACUCCGACCUGGUCGACUGUCCGGACUCAGUGCAAAGGUUUCAGGACGGACUCCACGAUGCCCUGCAGGAGUACGAGUCGUCCCGCAGAGAGCACCACCGAGCAGGUCGUCUGCUGAUGACUCUGCCUCUGCUGCGACAGGCUGCAGACCAAGCUGUGCAGGUAUUUCUGCGGCUGCACCGCCAGCGUCACAUCCCUCUCCACAAACUGUUCCUGGAGAUGCUCGACGCCAAAGUCUGAAGGUUUCCUCGCACACGCCGCCAUCAGGAGAACAGUCUGGAGUCUCUGCAGCAGUUCAUCCACGCAGGAGGAAGAGACGACUCGUGUCUCUGCAGAAACAAAUAUGAAACUGUUUAAUUCCACCACACACCUGUAGCUCUUAUAAGCACCAU